AUGUAUCAAUUAUUUUCAAUUCUUAAACCAUUAUUUAAACCAAGUUCUUAUGUAAUCGAUAACAAUAUAUUUCGACUUCACUAUAAGGCGACUGUAGUUAUACUGAUUGGAUGUAGUCUUCUCGUAACGGCUCGACAAUACAUCGGCGAUCCAAUUGACUGUCUCUCUGGCGACAAAAUCCCGACUGAAAUUCUAGACUCUUAUUGUUGGAUUCACACCACGUUUAGUAUAGAAAGCGCGUGGAAACUGAAAGUUGGCACCGAAGUAGUCUAUCCAGGAGUGGACAACAGCGCCCGACACCCGGACAGUAGGCGUGUAUAUCACGCGUACUACCAAUGGGUGUGUUUUAUGUUGGCUUUUCAGGCAAUGCUUUUCUAUAUACCGAGAUAUCUGUGGAAAUCAUACGAAGGCCACCGAAUCAAGAAUUUGUGUCUAGAUCUUAAUUUUCCAAUUGCUCGUGACCCAGUUGUCACGCGCAACAAUCGGGCCCUAUUGGUUGAUUAUUUGUAUCAUAAUUUCAAUAAUCAUAACACAAUGUUUCGGAUGUACGUCACGUGCGAAGUGUUAAAUUUUUUAAACGUAAUCUUGCAAAUGGUUUUGAUGGACCGGUUCUUAGGCGGAGAGUUCACGAGCUAUGGUUGGGAUGUGCUAUCAUUCACGGAGUGGGACUCCGCUGUCAGAUAUGACCCAAUGAUUAAGGUAUUUCCACGGCUAACAAAAUGCACUUUCCAUCAAUACGGGCCGUCGGGUGACGUUCAAAAACACGACGCCUUAUGCAUACUUCCCAUCAAUAUUAUCAACGAAAAGAUCUAUAUAUUCCUAUGGUUUUGGUUUUACAUGUUGGCUAUAUUAGGCUUCAUGGCACUAGUAUAUCGGACCGUAACAAUAUUAAUGCCCCAGGUCAGAUAUUUGGUCAUUCAGUCCAGAUGUUUGGCCAAUUACGAUGCGCUGCGUUCAGUGUGUAAUCAGUGCUCAAUCGGUGAUUGGUUUGUAUUAUAUUUGUUGUGCAAGAAUUUGGAUUCAAUCAACUUUAAGGAUAUGAUCGUUGAUUUCGACCGCCGUCUCACUGGAAAGACAGCGAAUGGACUCUAA